AUGCCCGUCAACGUUGCCCCGACUAUUGACGAUCUUAUUUCGCAGGCUCAAUGGAAGAUGCAGCACACGUCGAGCCUGCUUCGCUACGUCUUGCUCGUGGAGAGUUUGAAGAUAUGGGUCCCGUGUGACAAUUCCUCAACCGACGAUUCAUCGAGCGAUGACUCGUCCAGUGAAGAUUCUUGGAGCGAUGGCGCGUCGACUGACGAUGGUGCGGAUUCGGCACCUGCUGUUUCUGGCGCUGGAGUCGAGGUAGAUGACGACGCCGGACCGCCGUGCAAGCGUCGCAGACUGGACGACUUCCCCGGCGAGUGGCGAGGUGACACGGACGAUUUGAAUACCCUAGAGCCCAGACCAGGACCAAGCGGCUUUCAGGACGACUCCUCGGAAGAGGACGACGGCUCAAUGGAAGAUGCAGCACACGUCGAGCUGCUUCGCUACGUCUUGCUCGUGGAGAGUUUGAAGAUAUGGGUCCCGUGUGACAAUUCCUCAACCGACGAUUCAUCGAGCGAUGACUCGUCUAGUGAAGAUUCUUGGAGCGAUGGCGCGUCGACUGACGAUGAUGACGACGCCGGACCGCCGUGCAAGCGUCGCAGACUGGACGACUUCCCCGGCGAGUGGCGAGGUGACACGGACGAUUUGAAUACCCUAGAGCCCAGACCAGGACCAAGCGGCUUUCAGGACGACUCCUCGGAAGAAGACGACGGUGACGUCUAG